AUUGUAAGCCCAUUUUUUACAUAAUGUCUUCCAAAACCCUAACGAGUAAAAACCCUAAAUCCAAAAUCUAGUCCCUAGAACCUUCCAUCCUGAUCGCGAAACCCCUGGUUCCAGUGUUUUAAGAAUAGUGAGUCCUCUCUAAACCCUAAUAUCAACUAUACUGUUAAUUGCAGAGAAUAGGAGGAGGAGAUGGCGAAGCGUUUGAUUCCCACCUUCAAUCGCAUUCUCGUAGAGAAAAUUGUUCCCCCUUCCAAGACUAGCGCUGGCAUUCUCCUUCCUGAGAAGUCUUCCCAGCUUAAUUCCGGAAAGGUGAUAGCGGUUGGUCCCGGAUCACGAGACAAGGCAGGGAACUUCAUCCCGGUGUCCGUCAAGGAAGGUGAUCGCGUUCUGUUGCCUGAGUACGGUGGCACGCAAAUCAAGCUCGAUGACAAAGAGUUCCAUUUGUUUAGGGAUGAAGACAUAUUGGGCAUUCUGCAUGAAUGAUGUUGCAUUUGUAUUCUGAAAAUAAUUUCUUUCUUUAUUGUAUAAGAAUGCAACCCGUUGCAAAUGAGAUGCAAACAAUCUGAGAAUAUUAUGGAAUUGUAUUCUGAAAAUUUCAAUGGAAAUGGUAGUGUGGAAAUAGUCCUCUUAUCCUUAUUUA